AUGCGUGUCAAGUCAGAUGCAGAGAGUGUUUUGGAGACGCACCAUGGCGUCGACGGGGAGGACCUUGCCACCUCCAAGUGGCUCCGCACAAUUGUUUCUGUUCUACUUCGUACCCAUGCUAACACCCUUUCGUUGCAGUUCAUCUCCUCACGCGGUAACGAGUACUUCUGCGAGAUUGACGAAGAGUACUUGACCGACCGCUUCAACCUUACUGGCCUCAACGUCGAGGUCCACUAUUACCAACACGCUCUCGAUCUCAUCACCGACGUCUUCGAUCUCGACUGCGAAGAUGACAUGCGCGAGACGAUCGAAAAGUCCGCCCGACACCUCUACGGCCUAGUCCACGCUCGCUACAUCACCACCACGCGCGGCCUCGCCAAGAUGGUUGACAAGUACAAGAAAUACGACUUCGGCCGCUGUCCCCGCGUCAUGUGCGAAGGCCAACCGCUCCUCCCCUGCGGCCAGGACGACAACCCCGGCAAGCGGCCCGUGAAGCUCUACUGCGCCCGCUGCGAAGACCUCUACAACCCCAAAUCCUCGCGCCACGCCGCCAUCGACGGCGCCUACUUCGGCACCUCCUUCCACAACACCCUGCUGCAGGUCUACCCGGCCCUCAUCCCCGCCAAGUCCCGUCGCCGCUUCGAGCCCAAGAUCUUCGGCUUCAAGGUCCACUUCGCCGCCUCGCUCGCGCGCUGGCAGGAUGACGAGCGCCGUAACAUGCGCGCCCGCCUCGCCGACGCGGGCAUCGGCAACGUCAACGUCGCGGAUCCACAGGGCAAUGUCGUCGGCCAGGCCCAGCAGCUGUACAUCGAGGAUCAGGAGGACGAUGACGGCAUGGCGGUGCGUGCGCAGAUGAUGGAGGACGUGGAGGCCGUCGAGGCCGGCAAUGUUACCAACCAGGUGGGCGCCGAGGACGAAGCGGGUGGUGGUGGGCAGUCUGAGAACGCCGCUGGAGCGGCGCGUGCGCGGGCGUUGCAGGCUGCGAUGGCGAGGCUGCAGGGCACGCCCGUCGUGGAGGGAGGCAACGUCAAGGUUGAUGUGGGCCCGGUCCGCUGA